UGAAGGUUUGGCCAUGUGACCUCAGACAGUGCUCUUCAACUGCACUGAGUCCUGAGGAGAAGAAUGUUUUUCUGGCUGUUGCUGCUCUCAGUCACUCCUGACGUGAGGACGUAUGAGCUUCCAGAAGGAAAAAACGACGUCUUCAUUAAACAUUCCUGUCCUGCUUUUCUGACUUUCGCCAAUGUUGCCUACACGGCUGGCGUGACUGUCGAGCUGGUCUGCCUGUGCAAACCACAGCAGGUUCAGUCUGUUGCGUGGUUCUUUAGGAAACACCAUGAGAAACCUGAACAGACCAGAGCGUUUAGCAGAAACACACCGCCGGGCAGUCACAACACACGAAGCCAUGGUCUUCGCAGCCGACUGAAGAUCCGCCUCUUCAAGCUCCUCAUCCGUCGAGCAGCAGUCGACGACUCUGGAAUCUACCUGUGUGGAUCAAUGAAGGGAGACUUCUUCUACGCGUAUGACGUGGACAUCCAGGAGGCCGAGAUGGCGUCUGCAGGCAUGGUGAAGGUGGUGGAUCAAGACAUGAAGAGGUGGGGGGAACCUGCACCUUACCAACUCACCAUCGCACAGCAGCCAUGGUCAGUGUGUGAUCGCUGUGGCGUUCCAGGGGAGCAGGUACGCUUUGGAGUAUGCUACGUCCAGUCCAAGUACCUGCACGUACGCUACCAUGGAAGCCGGAAGAAGAUGCUUUCGUGCGGUUCGGGGGCAGUGCCGGGGGACUUUACCGGUUUGAGAGAGUUAAAGAGGGCUGCCAGAGUGGAAGUGAGAGUCUGCAAUGUGACAUGUCCCACUCCAUCCAAACCAAAGUCCUCCUCCAACAUGCAAGCCAUAAAGGACUUCCUUGGACUUGGCUCUCUCGAUGAGUCAGCGGCGUCCCUGUCCUUCCAGAACCAUCCAGCAGAAAGUGACCUGAUGAUCACCUGCCCAGGGGCAAGAUUCAACAUGGCCGUGGCUUGGGACAGAGGCUCUGAACCCAUUUAUCGACUGAAGCACAUGGCCCGCUCCAAUGACAGCGUGACUCCAAGAAUCACCAUCGACGGUGGCAAUAACCUUUGCUUCAAGCCUGCAAAAGUGGAGGAUUCAGGCGUCUACAGGUGUUGGCUGCAGGGAGAACGGGCUGCUGAGGUCCAUCUGCUGGUCCACGAUCUCUGGGGCAGCACUCGCUCCGUCUUGGACGACCCAGAAUUCUGGGAGGCGCUUAACACCGGCCUGAAAGUGUAUGGUAUCAUGUCGGGUGUGUUUGCUGGGCUGCUGCUGACUAAAACUGUGGUGGAAUUUGUCAUAGAACCACAAAAUGCUCAUGAUGAUUAGAAGUCAAUAGAUGGACAGGUUCACGUUGGAUUUGAGAAUCAAAAUCUUUUUUGUUCCGAAGACAAAGUGAGAACGACGGAUAGGAGUCCUGCGUCCAGUUGUCGGUCCUAGACUGGCUGCUUGGCUGGUGCAGGAUGUUCAAGCAUGGCGUUCAAAUGUAUGUAGUUCCGUGUCAUGUUUCUUUAUGACCAGCCAGUUUAGACUAAAACUACCCGUGUUAGCUGAGCAUACACAGAAUGUCAGUGUUGCGUUGAUGCUUAAAUGUAAACUUGUAAGAAUGACAAAAAAGGUCAUUGUUCUUGUCCACAUAGAGAUAAUAAAGAGGUGAAAAGGCAGGUUGACAGUUUUUUUACUCUGCUACUAAAACACUUCUUCCAGUCACGUCUGCCGUCUCUACUUAAAGGGCCCCAAUAUGUACAGCAACUGGGCUAGAAAUCAUCCUAUCUUCCCAUCUAUCUUUGGAUUUUGUAUAUUUUUAUCAGGAGGUUUUUUCUUUGAAGGGCUCAUUACUGAUUUUGUAUAUUUUUAUCAGGAGUUUUUUUGUUUGAAGGGCUCAUUACUCAGGUUCUCACAGAAAUACUAUUCUAGCUUGGUUGUAAUUCAGGGUGCGUCACACGGGUUGAUGAAGUCAUGAGAGGAAAGGACGUUUUGAUGUUGCUAAUGAGGCGUAACAUAGCGACGUGGCCAGGAGUAACAGUGUUAAAAUGAGAACAUCAAGUGAUGACAUCUAAUAAGGUGUCACAGGAGCUUGUUCGUGAGAUUGUGACUGGAGCCGCCACACUUUGAAAUAAAGAUGAAAAGACUGUGUUAUAUUGGGGUCCCCUUCUAUUUCUAGCUAAACAUUGUUAAAUAUUUUCAAAGAGCGUCUCGAGAGAGUACAAAAACCAUGGUGAGUGAAAGAGAGGUGAAUAAUGAGUGGUAGAUAAAGGAAUAACAGCCAGAGAGAAUAAAAUCCACACUGAAGUGGUCGAUGGCAGGGGCAUGUCGAGGUUGCAGGAAAUAUUUUUAUAUAACAAUAUUUUGUGUGCCUCUGGCGGAGGAAAAAUGGAUCAGAAAAACACCCAGCAUUGCAGAGAAUCCACAGAAAAGCAGCAAUAUAAUGAGACGAAAGGUGGGUUAAGGUUCAAAUUUGGCUCUUGUGAAAGCAGCCAGCCCACUUUAUAUGAAAUGGCGAGUCCCAUCUGCAGCUUUCCAGCACCAACAGGUGCUUGAGUGGCCCUGAGAGCGGCAGGUUGAAGCCAAGACGAUGGACACCUGAGAGAAGCAGCGAGCUUUUUCUCUCUGCUCCAGACAUGACAAGUGUUCUCAUUAAAAUGCCACCGCUGCAUCUUGGUGUUCAAUCACCCUUCAGGUGUUUAUUGCUCCCGAUUGUAGCCUGUUCCUCCAGUUUCGCCUCCUGCCUCGCCUGUUUAGUCAUUGCACUUCUUCAAAUACCAGUCCCAUUCGCAAGCCAACCGGCUCUUCAUGAAACGAAAUGAUCCCCUGUACAUGCCGUGUGAAGUAUUUAGCAUGAUUUUCAAUACUCUUGAAAUCCCACGUCUGUUGAACCUUUGAUAAGAAGCAGAUGUUUGGGUUAUUUAUGUGGCAUUUACUUGUAAACUUUUUAUUGACUUUUCAUCGAACUGCCAUUCUGUUCAGUGAAAAAAUUUCAGGUAUCAUUUUGCAGUGCGUGUGUAGUUAGUAACUAUAGUUUUUGUAAUAUGAAAAUAGAAUUAAAAAGUUCCCUUUAGCUCCAUAGCAGCACUAGCACCCAGGCAAGGAAGCAGGAGGAUUAAAAAGACUUCAGUUGGAUCCUUUAGUCAACACAGUGGUUCAGACACAAAGUCUGUUCGAGAUCACAUCCCAUUUGUAAAAACAAGCCAAAAGUUAAUGUGCCAUGUGGAGGACAAUACACACAGACCGGAUUGCAGCAUUUCUACUCACAUUCAUUCACCCUUAGGUAAAAACACAACUUGUCCUGCAGCACGUGUGGGAAGAUGCUGUGCAGGGAAGCACGUUCAAAUUGAACCCGCAUUUAAAGCGCCAGCCCUUGACGGAGAGUUUUCUGGGCUCAUGAAAGUGACACCGCUGGUUCCUCAGCAGCAGCUGUUUGCGCAGCUAACACUUAACACCCGCCGGUCUGAGCGUGACAUUCGGAGUGCUUAGCAAAAUAAAUUUCACCGAGCUGGACGGGCAGCCUUUCUCAGGUGUCGUUUCCGGAUCCGUCACAAACUUUCCCAAAUGCAGUGGUCUGUAUCUCAGAGUCCUGCGACAAGCGGCCAGUAUGUCAAUAUUAAAGCAAAGUCUCGAGAGAUUCUCCAAACUACGACGUCUCUCACUAAAUAAUCUUUUUCAGUUGUCCUUUUGACAAAAUAGUUGGUGCAUUCGGCAAGGUUUUUCUAUUGUUUGCCUCUUUGAAGAGGAGUAUGAAAACACAUCUGAAUUAAAAUGAUUCAAUGGUUCAUGUUUUCACGUCAUAGACACAGAAGGUCUCAUCAUUUUGAUGACAAAUUCAUUGUCAAUCUGUGUGAUCGGUGUCGUUGAUCCUUAUGGGAGCCUCCCUAGUUCAAACGUCUGUGAGCCCUCUGUAGGUAGCUUUUUACCUAGCGAGGUUAUUUCCCCUCUCACUGAGUCCACAGUAGCUACGCAGCAGAGACAACAUGUUGCAGCAGAGAAAUUUGGACUGCACACUACAGCCAUUCAUCAACCUGUUAGAGUGUCCCAGGCAGCAGCGAGGCAGGCCAGCGCUCACCGGGAAGAUAAAUGGACACACACUAACCCUGCGCUGCCUGCAGAUUGCAGAGCACUAUUUAAACAUUUGUGCGGCACUGGCACCUGUUUACAACAACAUGUCUUGGCCACAGCAGGAUGAUAUGAAACAUCAAUGUCUUUGGAAGCAGCUCCGGUGAAAACAUGCCGUGGCUAUCUAAACCAACUGUCAUGUGGCGACAGUGGCAGAAUGUGUCGCUUCAAGACGCGCAGUCAUCACUUAGAGGGUUUGUUUUCUGCAUUUUUACACUGUUGGGGUGUGAAGAGGUUGAAUGUUUACUUCAAGAGUGGGCGGAAUGAAUGCACACAGCUUCCUGAGCGUCGUAAAUUACAUCCACUUUGACGAGAGCGGGCCCUCAAUUUUCCUCCAUUGUGCUGUUCCUCAGCUGCCAAACUUGUCAGAAGCGCUGCGAGCCACAAACUUCUCUUGAUUGUCGAUUGUUUAAAUUUCACUCAUCUAUCCUCGGAGGUUCACGAGAAGCGCUUUUGGAAUAGUUAUGAGCUGCUCUUUUUUUUCUUCUGCGGAGGAUUGUGAUGCUUGACUUUUGGAGGGAACAAACAAGCGUUUGAAGAAUACCAAUCACCCUAUAAUCCCCAUAUUGCACUGCAACGAUUGAUGCGCUUAUAGGUUUUCAUUUGAUGGAAGAGGAGUAGAGGUCUUCAUUAAUAGAACUAAGGAAGCGUACGAGCCAAAUGAUGGAGAAACUGAACCAGAUGUGAAGGAUAUAAAUAAAGAGGAGUGCAAACAAAACAAGGAAAAUGAUGGACAUGACGGAAAAGAUUGCCAGGAUAUCAAUUAAAAGGGGACAAAUUAAAGAGUAAAUAAAUAAAAUAGAGGCCAACAUGUCAGUGGACUCUUCCUCCAAAACUACAGUUGAAAUAACCGACUAAAUGAAGCAAACCUGGGCAAAGAAUGUAAUGAUAUUUCCUGUGCCCGAAGAAAUGGAAGCUGAUAGCUUCAGGCUCUUUUCGGAAAAUGCAAUUGAAGACAAGAGAAGUUUAUUAUCGACUCUGCAUAGCGGGCGCCAGCUGAGGCUGCGAGGCCUCAUAACAGAAUUUGUGGAAAUACAGACAGUGAAGCUGGAAAUCUACCUGCGCUUUGGCUCAAUACAAUGACAUUGUUCCCGUAAUUAGAACCAGUACUGGACCUCACAAAGUUGCUUUUGCGUGUGCGCGGUCAUCAUGGCAUUCCUGGAGUUAGGGCUGAUGAGUUUCAUCCAUCAUUUGGUGGCAUGGAGCUCGGGCACACGGGUCGUGUCUGUCUCUGUGUGGACACUGACUCAAGUUUUGCUGCUUUGUAGGAGUGUCCCCAUAUGAACACAGGUAACCUUCUCCGCUGGCUAUGUCAGACAUGUCACACUUACGACCUCAGUUCAAUAUUAUUGUCUUAGAAGAUGACUGUGACCCAGGUUCUGCUUCUAGACAUCUGAUAACCCAUAUUUCUGGUUGUUCAAAUCCAUGGAGCUGGUUUCGGUAUUUGGACGGCACGCUUGAUCCAUUUGUCAUUUUCAUUCCUAGUAUUUUAUGACUUCAUGAAGUGAACUAUUGAGCUAGUUUCCGCCGUUUCCUUCUUCUGUUUUAUUCAGGCGAGCUUGCUUUCGUGUUUUCACAAGUAUCUACUUCCGUUUACAGGAUUUUGUGACAGCGCAAUCUCCUCUGAAGAUGGAUUUGAACGUCUUCCCGUGACAGUGAAAAAACAUUUUCGAAAUCAAUUCCUUUCUCCUUCGCUCACUGCCAUGGCCGUCACCCACUUCUUUGCCCCUCUUUGCUGGACUUCAUAAAUUCAUCCUCCUUUUCCUGCACAUCCGUCUUUCCCUGUGUGCCCGCAGACACUCAUUCAUUCUGCUCACUUGACACAAAGUCCAGUUUAUGAAAAGCCAUCCAUCAGAGAUGCCUCUGCCGGCAAACUGUUGUAGGAGCCAUUGGCAGUGAUAAGAUUGAUCUUUGGAGCGCUUCUGGUCUGGGCCUCCAUGGCCUUUCACAUCCAAAUUAAACAUGAUGAGCAGAUAUAGAAGAGCAAGUCAUUGAUUGUGCUGUUGGCGUAUGAUGCGAUCGAUGAACAGGGAGAGAAAUGGCUUCCUGGAAAGCUGUUCAUUUUAAGAGCAGCGCUUCCUUAUAAAACAGGCUUGUGGUUGUCAUGUAGCAUCACUGUUUCAGUGGCAGUGUUCAACACUGCCACCAAAGGAAUCGAGCUAUUGAGAAGUAAACUUUUUUGUGGACUUUAUUACCAAGUCAUUACACUGACUGCAACGCAAACUGUGUCCCCCAAGAAUGAGAUACACUGCCUUCUGUACAUUUAGACUUGUCUGUCGCUCCUAGAUGGUUUCUUAAAAAACAAAAAAAUAAAAUUACAUUUUAAAAAAUUCAAUAGAUACAGUAAUAAUCAUGUACUUUUUUUUUUUUUCAUGUGUAUGUGUAUCUGGUCAUAUGCAAGUCAGCCAACAGGUGUAAAACUGGACGUUUCCAACAGUGGGAGUGACUGAUGCUGCAAAGAUAUAACUGGAAUCAAUAGCAAGGCUGAGCGAUACUAAUCACAUUACACUUAUAGAUUACAACCUACAGCAAGGUAUGAAUCUGCAGAGAGCAGACAGAACACAAAGCAAGCGCUGACAAGACCAUAAUGUGUCUCACAGAAAAACUGUUAUCUCCGCUCCCAAGACAACUUUUCGGCUAUUAUUCUCUCGUGGUAAAGGUUGCAUGACCACUAAGCCUUCUAUUACGAGUUGUUUCUUUUCCUUAAGAGACUGGAGUUUGCACCACAGAUCUUCACAGUGCUUUUGUAAAUUACUCUCAUUUCCAAAAUCUUUUUACAGCUGCAUCUGGUUACUGCGUAUGAGAGAGGCACUUCACUUGAAAAAUAGCUGAGAGAGCAACACACACUUUGACAUUUCUGUCGUGUUCAUAUUCUAUUCUGCACCUCCUUGGGAUGGUGAACAAUCUCAGACAAUGGGAAGUUUAUGAUCAAGAUUCUUUCAGGUCAAGACUGUAAAAGUCCAAGAUGAACUCCAAAGAAAAAUGUAACAUUUUUCAUUGACUGCUGAUGCCAACUGCAAAGUAGGGCUGCAACUAAAGACUAUGACUCGUCACCUGUUCAGUCUUGUUAUGUUCGAGACACGGAGUGCAGUCAUGGAAGAAUUACAGGAGGCGGACAGUGGGUCAAAUACAAAUACAGUACCCCCGAAAAAAGCCGGAAAAAAACAUAACGUGCGUGGACCGAUCAGCUGAGCCACGACACGCUUUGUUAUUGUGCAUAACGCAGCCUCUGUAUGCAGACGUGUCCCGUUAGCUCCAUUUACUGACUGUUUCUUCUUCAU